AUGCCAGGCCGUACUUCCCCAACACCAAGUGUCAUGACACAAGAAGCCUACCGAAAGCGAAAAGAGGAACAGAACAGCGAAGACGAAGAAGAAAACAUCAACUACGAUUCCGACGACGAUAACAAACCAAAGAAGCAAAAUGAUCAGCGGAAACGUCAAGAAGCGCACCUCGCUGGGUACCGACAACAAAUGAUGAAGACGACCGAAGGACCCCCCUCAAUAGAACACUCUCGCAUUCCCUCUAUACAAGGUCCAUGGAUGAAUAUCCCCGAUGAUGAUAGCGACGACGACGUCCCGCUAGCGAUGCUGCAGGCCCGAAGUCAGCGCGAUCGCAUGUCUCGCUUGGCGGGCGUUCGAUCAAACCCUAAUCUCCGAGCUUCCGCACAACAACACAUGAUGAGACCUGGUUCGGCGCAGGGAAAGCCCGAUAAUGGCUACCAUCUGCGCUUACCAUCUUUCGCAACAAAUCUUCCCCAAGAUCCUUUCCAAGAUCCGUUUCAAGAUCCCUUCCAGACGAAGAAGCCAAUGUUUACGGGCGGUUUGAUCAGCGUGAUUGCGAAUGAGGAACGCGCUAAGGCUUCCCGCCGAGGGACGCCGAGUGCUAGUUUUCAAGCACCGCAGAAUCCGUUUGCUUUGACGGGUGCAUCACCAUAUAUGCCUUCACCAUAUGGCGCGCCAAUGCCACAUCAACUAUCUCGGCCGCAAACGCCUUCUGGGCAAAUACAUCAGCAAAUACCACAAGGCAUUCAGGACCAAAUGCAAUUUAUACAAACGAUGACCAUCCCGCAACGGCCGGGAACGAGUGGAAGCAUGGCUCCGGCGGUGAAGCCUGCGCUGCCGGCUUAUGGCGGUUAUGCUCAGAGCAUCCCGCCGGCGGAGAGGAGUAAUGUCGGGUUGCCUAGUCGAUACAGGGCGGUGUCGAAGCAGAAGGCGUGA